AUGACGACGAUGAAUAAAAUGGAACCGGGGGAGAUUAUCAAAAGGGUCAAAAAUGAUUAUGUGUACAAGGUGAAAGAGCUUCUCGGCGCCGGCGGCUACGGUUGUGUGUACAAAGUGCAACAGGCGAGAGAGGACGGCACGAUUCUGAGCAACUCGAAGCUGUUCGCGAUGAAAACCGAAAUGGCGAACGCCGCGAAGCACUCGAGUCGCUUGAAAAUCGAGAAGCUCGUCAUGUCCGAAUAUGGCAAAGCCGAUGCGCAAUACCGCGAGCAUUUUCCCGAGCUCAUCGAGCACGGAAUGACGCCGAAUUUCAAAUGGAUCGUGAUGAGUCUCGUCGGAUGCUCGUUGGAAUGUUUGAAGAAGAAUGGGUUCUCAAUGUCGACGGCGCUUCAAUGCGGCCUUCAGACGUUGAAAGCGAUCCGCGAUUUUCAUCUCAUCGGCUUCCUUCAUCGCGACAUCAAGCCGGGAAAUUUUUGCGCCGGAUUCGAGUCGAAAAACGACAUCAUCUACAUGCUCGAUUUUGGUCUCGCGCGGAAAUACAAAAAGAAGGACGGCACAUUGCGGCCGCCGAGACCGCGCACCAAAAUGGUGGGCACGCCGAGAUAUUGCUCGCGCGCGUCGCACCUCAAACAGGACCUCGCGCGAAAAGACGACUACGAGAGCUGGUUUUUCAUGCUGCUCGACUUCAUCGACGUCGAACGCGGCAUCCAAUGGCGCGGCAAACCGAGAGAGCAGGCGUUCGAGUUGAAGCAGAAGCUGUUCGACGAUCCCGCGUAUGUCGCCACCGUCUCGCCGCUGAUUCCGCCGAGUUUCAACGUGAUGACGCUCUACUUGAAUGAGCUCGACUACAAUUCAGACGUCGAAUUUGGAAUUUUUCGCGAGACGAUCACCGAUUUCGCGCGAACCCUCAAAAUCACGCUGAAAGAGCCGCUCGACUGGACGACGCAGGCGGCGACGGCGCCGAAACCCCAAAUAUCGGUGUCGCGCAUUCAGAACAUCAAGUCGGGUCUCGGCGAGAAGUCGAAAAACAACACGCAGUCGCGAGAUGAUUCGAUGCACACCGAGGAUGACUAUGACAGUUCGAUGGAGCGACGCGCGACGUUGACGAAGAGCAAGAUGUCGAACACGAAGAGGUGUCUGAUUUUAAAGAGGCGAUCGCAUCGCGUAUAUCGACAACCGAUUCGCGACGAGACCUUCCACACCAACUUGACGUCGACAUCUUAUUUUCAGAGCGUCGAUUCGCGUGCGCAAAAGUCGCCGAGCGCGCAAGACGGCGAGCACGACGACAGCCCAAACCAACAGCACCCAUUAGACGACGACGGCGACGACAAUCAUAUUCAGUAUUUCUGUUCAACUAGUUUCAUUAUCAAAAUAUCAUUGUCAAAUACUCAAAAUGGAGAAAUCGAGUUCGAAGAAUAA